AUGCGUCUGCUUAAGCUCCGGGCUGUGCUUCUGCCGUUUACGCAAUCGGGCAGAGCGUGGCCCUGCGUCCUGGAAUCAAAGGCCAUGGUUCGGACAUGUUCCGCGGGCUUUGCCAAUUGGAAGGCAUCGUUGAGGGCAAGGCCGGCCAAUGCGAACGGCCUUUGCGCCGUUGGUCCUCCGCUUGCGGUGCAGGACUAUGUAGACCUGCGGGCGAAUGAGGCUGCGGACCACAUCGUGGCAACGCAGGCGUGUGCAAAAACGUCAAACCUGGAAGAAGGAAAUGAGGCAAAAGAGAGCUGCACAGACAUGCACAGCCUUGCAGGACUUGUUUGUCGCGCUGCUGUGUCGGGCCUGGGCUCGACAAGCAGCUAUCUCGAAAGUCCGGUGCCCAUCUCAGCUUGUGCUUGGUCAAGUUAUACUUCUAUGAAGUGA